UAACCGCCGACGAUCGAAAGUCGAAAGCGAAGAAGUACCUAUAGGCUAUAACUAAUAGAUGCAAAUAAUAAAAAAUUAGAACUAUAAGUAUUACUAUUUAGUUCACGUUCUUUUAAAUAAAAGUAUUUUGUAGAAAGAACUAUAUUUCUUUCGUAACGAAAUCUAGCUUUGCUCUACAGUAUUGAUAUAGGUUUGCAGAUAUGAUGAGUAGCAGUAUUUUUAACAAACCAACGAAUCCUAACAAGGACUUUGAGGUAACACAGCCACCCGAUGAUUCCAUUUCGUCUUUGGAAUUUAGUCCUGCUACGAUGCAACAAAAUUUCCUGAUAGCUGGCAGUUGGGAUAACAGUGUACGAUGUUGGGAGGUAGAACAAAGUGGUAAAACAGUACCUAAAUCAAUGCAGUCUAUGUCUGGACCUAUUUUAGAUACUUGUUGGAGUGAUGAUGGUACAAAGGUUUUUAUGGCGUCAUGUGACAAACAAGUAAAAUGUUGGGAUUUAGCAAGUAAUCAGACUAUGCAAGUAGCAGCUCAUGAUGCACCUGUUAAAACAUGUCAUUGGAUAAAAGCUCCAUCUUACACUUGUCUAAUGACAGGAUCAUGGGACAAAACAUUAAAGUUUUGGGAUGUAAGAAGUUCAAAUCCAAUGAUGACCAUUAAUUUACCUGAAAGAGCCUACUGUGCAGAUGUGGAUUAUCCUAUGGCAGUUAUUGGUACUGCCUCGAGGGGUAUUGUUGUCUACAAACUUGAAGGUAAACCGGAAAUGGUAAAGACUGUAGACUCACCUCUAAAAUAUCAACACCGUUGUGUUGCAAUUUUUAGAGAUAAGAAGAAACAAUCUCCUACUGGUUUUGGUUUGGGAAGUGUUGAAGGACGUGUAGCUAUCCAUUAUAUACAACCUCAAAGCACUAAAGAUAAUUUUACGUUCAAAUGUCACCGACAAAAUAGUCAGGGUACUAUGAAUGUUCAAGACAUAUAUGCGGUAAAUGAUAUUAAGUUUCAUCCAAUACAUGGUACAUUAGCAACUGUAGGUUCAGAUGCUACAUUUGCUUUUUGGGAUAAAGACGCCCGUACAAAACUGAAGUCGUCAGAGACUCUUGAUCAACCAAUAACUAAAUGUUGUUUUAAUAGCAAUGGACAAAUAUUUGCAUAUAGUACUGGUUAUGAUUGGUCAAAGGGGCAUGAGUAUAACAAUCCAGCAAAAAAACCUCAAAUAUUCUUGAAGCCAUGUUUUGAGGACCUCAAACCUAAGAGUAGUACUUAAAAAGUUAAGUUUUAAUAAUGUUGUUUUCUUCAUAAUUCACAUAAGCAUUAUUUUUAUUUUAACAUACUUGCUUAUGCUAUACAUUUUAUCUAAAAGUAUAGUAAAUAAAAUAAAAAUCAUUUGUAAUUUGCUACCCUGUUUUUUA